AUGGCGACCAGUGACAGAGGCGAAGAGCAAUUGAAGAAGCUGCAGCUUAACAAAAGCCCUAAAGAUGGCGAGCGAAUCAUCGCCUCGACCCGUCGACCCGACGGAACAUUGCGGAAAGAAAUUCGAAUCCGACCCGGUUACGUUCCUCCGGAUGAAGUCGCUAUCUAUCAACCAAAACCCGCACUCAUGAGAAAAGAAAUGGCUUCGCAUAUUGGUCCUCCUCCGGGUUAUGAUCCUCAAUUGGAUUCCAAACCGAAAACCAAAGCUGUUAAGAGGAAUGAAAGAAAGAAAGAAAAGAAACGCCUUCAGGUAAAGGAAACUAAUUUAGAAUCAACUGUAGUUGAAGAUAGUAUAAAGCAAGAAGCGGUAGUUGUGGAGAAUGCUGUCCAUUCAUUAACUUCUCAGAUCAACGAACUAGCUGUUUCUGGAGAUAGCUCUGUUCUUGUUACUCCUACCAUCAACUCUCCGGAAGCUUCAGAGCCUCAAGAUUUAGACAAAAGAAUUCGAGCAUUGAAAAAGAAGAUUCGACUUACAGAAGCACUCCAGGAGAAAACUGGAGAGCAAGAUUUAAAGCCAGAGCAGUUAGAGAAGCUGGCAAAACUAGAAGGUUGGCGUAAGGAGCUAAAACAAUUGGAGAAUAAAAAGACCGAAAUAUUGGUUGUGUGA